AGCUCCCCUCAGCUACGGAUGUGGAAUGGCUCCAAUGCCAUUGGAGUCAUGAGAAGGGCUAGCCUUGCACAGAUGCUUCACCUGACAAUAGGACGCGUGGGGUGCUUUCUUUCCAGGCGAGCGGUGGUGGCACUGACAAACAGUGGUGUGAGGAUGUCAAGCCAUGGCCACCAAGAGGUGUCCGACAAAGUGGACAUGUCCCAGCCAAUGUACUCGGAUCGUCUGGACACCCCUCUGCCAGACAGACCAUGGAAGGAUGUCCUCGACUCUACGGAUAAGAGCCUGAAACAGAAGGAGAAGGGUCCCUGGACUGCACUGUCCAAGGAGGAGAAAAUUGCCUUGUACAGGCUGAAGUUCAACCACACCUAUCCUGAGAUGAAGAGGCCCUCCCAUGAGUGGAAGACUGUCAUCGGUGGGAUGUUCAUCUUCUUUGGCAUCACUGGUCUGGUGGUCUUUUGGCAGGGCCACUAUGUGUACCCACCCCAACCUCCUACCUUUGGUGAGGAGUGGCAGGCUAAGCAGAUCCAGAGGAUGCUGGAUAUGCGGGUCAACCCAAUUGAGGGCUUCUCUGCCCAGUGGGACUACAAGAACAAACAAUGGAAGUAAAGGAAGGGAAUAGACCACUGCUGGAAGGAGGAACGGUUCGACUUGACACCUUGAGCCUCUGUUCAGCCAACAGCCUCCCCUCCCACCAUAGCGGCAAUCCAUCUGAAUCCAUUCUUACUGUUGAAGUAAUAAAUGACUAAAAACUG